UUGCAACUAUUUCUUAUAUAUAUGGCCGUAUGAAAUGAUAAAAAAUGUCAGACAGAAAGGCUGUUUGGAACACUAACGGAAGUAGCUAAGAUAAACCAAAAUGAAGUCGUUGGUUGUUUUGUGGGCAAUUGUUUUUGCAGCUUCGGCAGAGGAUUUUCACAUGAAGCUCAAUGAAAAUGGAGAAACAUUUACUGAAGAUGUAAUUGUAGAUCUUAAAGAAAAUACAGAAGAGAUUAAAGUUCCACAGCACCAGGACAGGGCAGAAUUAGAUCUCCUGAACGACUUUAAUGUGGGCCUAAGUGCGAUGAAGCUUCCGAUCUCGAAGAAAUGCUACAUUUCCAAGAUCGCUCCUUCAGAACAAAAGCCAGCAGAAAUGGAACAGAACAUGAAAUUGGCGAAGUCAAAGUUUCCAACCCAACAAUACAUGGUUGAAACAUUCAAAGUACUGAUUGUACGAAAAAUGAUGAAAACAGAAGUUGGUACAAAGAUUGCUGCACAUUGCGAUGGAUAUGACCUGCUUUUCACGAUGCGCUUCAACAAGGAAAAUAUUGAAGAAGAGGCUCUCAAGAUUGUGAAAAAUGCAAGAGUGGACAGAUUAAGAGCAAGAAGAGAUGUAGCAGUCACUACUUUUACCACCUGCAACAACGAGAGCACAAAAGUAGCUGAAACAUGUCCCCCAGAAAAGCUUGGUGCAAGAUGUACCUUCUUUAGAUCAGACCAACGAGUAUGUGUUUACCGCAUUACCUGCCAACCAACAGGGGGCCAAUCUCAAGGCUUUGCUAAUUGCGUUGGUAAUCACCGAUUCGAUCUAAUGCAAUGCUGUGACUUCAGAUGCAUGGCAUAAAGAUUGCCGAACAAAUUGCCGUUUUUACGUUGAGCAUACUUCUGUAGCAAAAUCGUAUUUCUCAAAUAUCUUGUUAUGUAUUUAUAUAUCUAAUCAAUUCGAUUAAAUUAACUAAUCGAUAAGAUUA